GCGCUAUAUAAACCCUGCUGAGCCUGCACUUCGGCAGACAACAGAACCUGACUGCUCCAGCAGAACCUUUCCGACACCCAAAGCUGCAGCUCAUCAGCCCACAACGCUACAAACGAUCAUUUGUUCCUCCACUCCCAAAUAUUUACUGCAGAAUGUGCUUCAAGGCAAUGAUGAUGGCGAUGAUGGUGAUGGUGAUGCUGGUGAUGCCAGUGUACCCCCGCCCUCACCAAGCACCGAAUGGAAUUGGGAAAAUAGAAAAUGCCGUCUCUGAGAGCCUGAAAGAGAUCGAAACAGCCAUCAUGGGAAGUGCCAAGAAAAUCAAGAGUGCCAUUGAGGAAACUGUUUUGGACAAGAUGGCGGAGGUGAGUGCCAGCAGGAUGGGGCAACACAGCAACGCAGCAGCUAUCGGUGGUGACAGUGCUCUACCUGAGGUCAAUAUCAAAAAGAACAUCGCCCUCAAAUACAACCUUGGCAAGAUCUUGGUCGCUAGGAAGGCUGCUGCCUUGAAGGGCGUUGCUGCUCCUUCUGUAUUGGGCAACGCCAAGGUCGCUGAAGGGGAGACCACCGCUCCCAACAUAACCACCACCACAAUGGACCCCUGGGACGAGUACUGCCAGGAGGCGUGCGAGGCUGGCAUCGGUGGGCCUGAGUGUGACUGUCCCGAGCACCCCAUUGGCUAACUGACCUGCCCGCCACACGGCAUAAAGUCUGGGGUGGUGACACGCCUCACCAUGAUGCACCCACUGCAGCCUGGUCGUAGGGUUGGACUCGCGUGACUCUAAGAAGUCUCUAAGAGUCACCCAUACAGAAAAAGCUCUUGGUGACCACCACUGGUGACCUGCUUCUCCGCUGCUGGCGCUGCUGGCAGGGGCUCACGGGGCUUCUGUUUGCCUUUGUAGUCACGCUUGUGAUGCUCAACGCUAAGUAUAGGCCCUGGGCGAUUAUUUUUUUAAUCAUUUCAAAGGCUUGUGAUUCGUUAUUAACCAAAGAAAUGUUGCUGUUUAUGUAAGGAAGUACAUGUUAAACAAUUCUUACCAAAGUUGCCCUAUUAAGUAAUAAAUAUAUAGACUAACAGUUGUAUCAUAAUCUCAUGAUUCUAAGAUAUAAAAUAAAUAGGCAUUAAUUAUUGUAUUAUGAUCUCAAUCUCAUUAUGUAAAUAGUACAUAUAUAUUUAUUAUAGUAGAAAAAUAAAUUAUAACCACAAAA